AUGGCGGCCUCCUGUGCCAGAAUUUUCUGGAAAGGCGUCAAACUUGCCCCAAAUCUGGUCAAACUCGGACACAGUGCACAUUCCCAGCUGUUUGCUGCAGCAAAACGUAAUGAUGUCGCAGAGAUCAAACGACUGGCAGAGAUUGGAGUUGAUGUAAACCAGCGGCACAUUUUGGGAUGGACUCCACUCAUGGUCGCAGCUGUCAGUAGGAACUUAGGGGCAGUGAAGGCUCUACUGGAGGCUGGUGCUGACCCAAAUAUGAGAGAAGAGUUUGUCAAUGUUUACCAGACUGCACGAGAGAAAGGAAUGCAUUCACUGGAUGUUCUUGUGACCAGAGAAGAUGAGUUCAGUAACCGGCUGAAUAACCGAGCCAGUUUCCGGGGAUGCACAGCUCUGCACUAUGCUGUGCUGACAGACGAUACACACAUUGUAAAAGCACUCUUGGAAGCUGGUGCAGAUCCCACCUUGGAAAAUGACAGUGGCCAUGCUGCAGGCCUGUAUGCACACAACAUGGAGGUUAAAAAACUCCUGGAGGAGUAUAAAGACAAGUAUGCAGAGCUGCAGAGACAAAAGCAAGUGGAGGAGAGGAGAAAGUUUCCCCUGGAGGAGAGACUACGGGAGCACAUCAUUGGACAGGAGGGAGCCAUCACUACUGUUGCUGCAGCAAUCAGAAGAAAGGAGAACGGCUGGUAUGAUGAAGACCAUCCACUAGUGUUCCUGUUCCUUGGGUCAUCUGGCAUUGGUAAAACAGAGUUGGCCAAGCAGAUAGCCCGAUACAUGCACAAAGAUGUCAAGAAGGGGUUUGUUCGGAUGGACAUGUCUGAGUACCAAGAGAAACAUGAGGUUGCAAAGUUUAUUGGGUCCCCGCCGGGGUACGUUGGCCAUGAGCAGGGAGGCCAGCUGACUAAGAAGCUAAAGCAGUGCCCUAACGCCGUGGUGUUGUUUGAUGAAGUGGAGAAGGCCCAUCCUGACGUCCUCACCAUCAUGCUACAGCUCUUCGAUGAGGGAAGGCUUACAGAUGGAAAGGGAAAGACUGUGGAGUGCAAGGACGCCAUCUUUGUCAUGACCUCUAACCUAGCGAGUGAAGUGAUCGCUGACCAUGGACUUCAGCUGCGGAAGGAGGCACAGGAGGUCUGGGCCCAGAGAAGACAGGAGACUGGCGAUGAUGACAUCUUGAUGACUGAAAGGAUCACAAUCUCCAGACGGUUUAAAGAGAAAGUAGUGUAUCCCAUCUUAAAGAGAGCUUUCAGAAGAGACGAGUUUAUUGGUCGGAUCAAUGAGAUCGUGUACUUCCUGCCGUUCAGCCAAUCAGAGCUUGUCAAGCUGGUAACCAAGGAGAUGGAGUUUUGGGCCAGCAGAGCCAUGAACAAGCACAAGAUCACCCUGCUGUGGGACAGACAGGUGCUGGAUGUGCUGGCUGGUGGGUACGACGUCCACUACGGAGCCAGGUCUAUCAAACAUGAGGUUGAAAGGAGAGUAGUUAACCAGGUUGCAGUAGCCCACGAGAGAGGGCUGAUACACCCAGGCUGCACACUCCGUAUCGCUGUGGACAAUCCCGACGACGUCAUGGCAAAGAACGACAAGAAGGAGCCCGAAAAACUCCCCAUCAUCAAACUCCAGCUGGUUAAAGACGGCAGAAAAAGUGUGGACUUGAACCUGCCAAGAGUUCCUGAUGACAGGGACCAGACAUGGUCCAAUUUCUAAAACCAAUUGUGAAUUUAGUCUGUCCAUAUCUAAUAUAAAGUAUGUCAAAUUCAUUUGUCUUUGUCCGCGGGAAAUUAAAAAGCUUUUAAUGAACAAACUGCAUAUUUAAGGCCCCGGUGAC